GGCACACUGAGCGGACGCCUUAGCUGCCCGGUUUUCGCUAUACGCUCAGCCCAAUUACCGAUCUCCCGCUCGUUCUCAGAACCAGAAACGCAGUUUGAAGCCGCAGUAGCAUCCGCGAUGAGAGCCAACGAGGAUAAUCUGUACCGGGAGCAGCUGCCGAAUGUGGGCUCGCUUGUCAGGGAUGGCGGCCGCAAGCUGUGUCGUCCGGCGACCGUGACCAACAAGUUCCCGAUCCUGAAGUGGCUGCCCCGCUACCGGUUGGAGUACAUCAUGCAGGACUUCAUCGCAGGAUUCACGGUUGGACUGACCACCAUUCCCCAGGCGAUUGCCUAUGGAGUGGUGGCUGGUCUGGAGCCGCAGUACGGCCUGUACUCCGCCUUCAUGGGCUGCUUCACAUACAUCGUAUUUGGAUCCUGCAAGGAUGUCACGAUCGCCACCACUGCUAUUAUGGCUUUGAUGGUCAACCAGUAUGCCACGAUUAGUCCGGACUACGCUGUGCUCGUCUGUUUCCUGGCUGGUUGCAUCGUGCUCAUCCUGGGACUGCUCAACAUGGGGGUCCUUGUGCGGUUCAUCUCGAUUCCAGUGAUCACUGGGUUCACCAUGGCGGCGGCCGUCACAAUUGGAAGUGCCCAGAUCAACAACAUCGUUGGUUUGACCAGUCCUUCGAAUGACUUACUGCCCGCCUGGAAGAAUUUCUUCACCCACUUGGCGUCGAUUAGGGUCUGGGAUGCCCUGCUGGGUGUCUCAUCUCUCGUAUUCCUGCUGCUCAUGACGCGCGUAAAGGACAUCAAGUGGGGCAACCGAAUUUUUUGGAAGUACCUUGGCCUCUCCCGAAAUGCUCUGGCUGUGAUUUUCGGCACCUUUUUGGCCUACAUUCUGAGUCGGGAUGGGAAUCAGCCCUUCCGGGUCACUGGCAACAUUACGGCCGGAGUGCCUCCCUUCCGCUUGCCUCCUUUUAGUACCACCGUGGAUGGCGAAUAUGUGUCCUUUGGCGAGAUGAUCAGCACACUGGGCGCGUCCUUGGGCUCCAUUCCCCUGAUCUCGAUCCUGGAAAUAGUGGCUAUAUCUAAGGCGUUUUCAAAGGGAAAAAUCGUUGAUGCCUCACAGGAGAUGGUGGCUCUGGGCAUGUGCAACAUCAUGGGCAGCUUCGUUCUCUCGAUGCCCGUGACCGGAUCCUUUACGCGUACGGCUGUCAAUAAUGCCAGUGGAGUGAAAACUCCUCUGGGUGGAGCAGUCACCGGGGCACUGGUGCUCAUGGCCCUGGCUUUCCUCACUCAGACGUUCUACUUUAUUCCCAAAUGCACCCUGGCUGCCAUUAUUAUAGCAGCCAUGAUAUCGCUGGUGGAGCUGCACAAGAUCAGGGACAUGUGGAAAUCUAAAAAGAAGGAUCUGUUUCCCUUUGUAGUCACCAUUAUUACCUGUAUGUUCUGGAGUUUGGAGUAUGGAAUACUCUGCGGCAUUGCUGCCAAUAUGGUCUACAUUCUUUAUAGCAGUGCGCGUCCCCAUGUAGACAUCAAACUGGAGAAGAUCAAUGGCCAUGAAGUGAGCGUGGUGGAUGUGAAGCAGAAGCUGGACUACGCAUCCGCGGAGUAUCUCAAGGAGAAGGUGGUGCGCUUCCUCAACAGUCAAAAUGGCGAAACGCAAUUGGUGGUCAUUAGGGGGGAGGAGAUAAACUCCAUUGACUACACAGUGGCUAUGAACAUUGUCUCCAUGAAGGGCGACUUGGAGGCUCUUAACUGCGCCAUGAUCUGCUGGAACUGGAACAUUGCCUCUGCCGGAGUGGUUUGCCGCCUGAACAGCGACCUGCGUCCCAUAUUCAAGUUCGAUUUGACGCUCGAGGAGGUGGUGGCCGGCCACUUCGAUAGCCCCUCCAACACGGCCUCCACGGUGACCAUCGAGGCCUAGACUUACUAGUUUAUGUUCACUAACAUUUAAGCUGAAAGUAUUACCUCAAGAUCACAAUUUAAUGAAGUUGCAUUUAAGAAAAACCA